UUCGUUUCGCCUUCAAUUCCUUCCCUUUUUAAAAAGCUCGUGCCAGAGGUGAUUGAUCGAGCAGGAAGGAGUCAGCUUUGCCUUGACUUGGUGUCUUCCACCUACGCCGCCUCCCACUGCCGCCGUCGUUCUCGCCGCCCGGCCGUCUCCAACCGCAGGAGGAUAUGAGUGAGGAGGAUUCGACGAGCGCCGCCCAGGAGCCGAGGCGCCCCACACCUAAGCUCAAUGAGAGGAUCCUGUCGUCUCUGUCCAGGAGAUCCGUUGCUGCGCAUCCAUGGCAUGACCUUGAGAUUGGCCCUGGGGCUCCCGCUGUGUUCAAUGUUGUUGUUGAGAUCACAAAGGGAAGCAAAGUAAAAUAUGAGCUUGACAAGAAAACUGGACUGAUUAAGGUUGACAGAAUUCUGUACUCAUCAGUUGUAUAUCCUCAUAACUAUGGUUUCGUUCCAAGGACGCUUUGUGAAGACAACGAUCCAAUGGAUGUCUUGGUCCUGAUGCAGGAACCUGUUGUUCCUGGUUCUUUCCUCCGCGCUAGAGCAAUUGGCCUUAUGCCCAUGAUUGACCAGGGUGAAAAGGAUGACAAGAUCAUAGCAGUCUGUGCCGACGAUCCUGAAUACCGUCACUACAAUGACAUCAGCGAGCUGUCUCCUCACCGCCUCCAAGAGAUCAAACGCUUCUUCGAAGACUACAAGAAGAAUGAGAACAAAGAGGUGGCCGUUGAUGCAUUCUUACCUGCAACUGAUGCCCGUGAGGCCAUUCAACAUUCGAUGGACCUGUACGCGCAAUACAUCCUGCAAAGCUUGAGGCAGUAGUUUGUCUAUGCAAAACCUUCUGUCAAUCUAUCUAUGCGAAAUGCGAAUUAAGGAAGGAGUCAGAGACUUGUUUGUGAUAUACAUAAAAUGGAGAACACUAUAUGUAUGCUCCUGCUUUUCGGUGUGCCAACUUCUCGUCUCCUAUGUCUGAAUAAGUGAUUGUCGCUUUAUGUUGUUUUUUUCUGAAUGAAUGGGAACUCAUACUGUACUUUCCAUGGUUCCUAUGGUUGAUCAAGUGAUGCUUCAGUUUUUUCAGAAUGAA